AUCAGGUGUAAAGCAAACCACCCUUGUCUCAAGGCUGAAACUAUUAUUUUUUCGGGGCCCAAUUUGGAAAAAGCAUGCUCAUUGCCGCGGGCAAGGCCUGUCUCCUGUGAGGAUGUCAUGCCGUUUAGCCCUCAUCGCCUUGAUAGGGCAGACGAAUUUCAACGCGAGUCUCAUCCACCUGGAGAGACCAAUGCAAAGAAGAAACAUCCUCUGGCUCUUCAGGGUCACUUAGAGGGGCGAAUGACCCUUUUGGUGGGAUUAAUGUAUCGUUUGCUCGGUGAUCUCGUCAAAAAGAGCCGUACACGUGGACCAUUCAUCGUGAAUGCUGGUGGCAACGCGUGGGACCCACUCCCCCCAAAUGCACCUCAACCUGGGACAUCGACUCAAGCCGGCGGUGGCGGUCAAACAUCGACAACCACUGCAAACGUUAACGCACAGAAUACUCGUCGGAGAGAGAGUACACCAACCAACAGUGGAAGUACUUCACGACUUGCACGGGGAUUUGAUAGGCUGAGGUCCCUUGGUUCGAGCACGAGUGCUGCCCCGAACCCUGCAGGUCCUAGUGGUAGUUCAUCGACCUCGAACAUACCCACGUCUUCCACAAAUACUAUGGCUCAGCAGCCGGAAGCGUCCAGCUCCAGAUCACGACCAUGGGAACGAUUCUUUAGUCGAGACGGGACAGCCGUUUCUACCUCCACUACCACGAUGCCUACUGGCUCCAUAAAUGAAGGCAGGAGAAGUGUUGACAAUGGCAGUGCUACUUCGUCUACCUCCAACGAGACUGCCCGGGUUGUUUCUGGUCGUCCCUCGCUCUCGACAUCUGAUGGCCUCAGGGCCGGAACUAAUCGGAAUCCAGCAGCUGAUGAUGCGAGACAAUAUACAAGCCUACGUUCUAGACCACGUGAAAACCCCAUCCUAUCCUCUUUUUCGCAUGAAACUUCGGAUAUACCCAAUCCCUCAUCCUCUUUGACGCCAAUCUCAACGAGUCAAAAUGAAUUGUCGGGUCUGGUUCGUAAUAACUUGGUACUUGCCAACCAAUCCCAGCCAAGCGUACCGGGGGCAGCAUUCUCACAAGCAGCCACCUCGCGUCUCGGUAUAUCAACUUCAGCUUUAAACAACAAUGGGGGACUGUUUGGAAAUGGGAGGUCUUCCUCGAUGGUCGAGGUUCCCCGCCCAGGAAUUGGGGCCAGGAGUGCCACUGGGACCAACAUGACUAUGUUGGAUUCUAAUCCUACAGAUUCUGCGUGGGGAGCGAAUUCCUCGCCUGAUAUCACGAUGGACUAA